AUGUUUCGCAAUUAUCUUGAAAACGCAAUUAUGCCAAAUAACAGUUCCAUAUAUAUCAUAAUUUGGCUUUUUAUUCAAUUAUUAAUUGAAGUAAAUUGUCAAACGACUCUUUUCAAUCCAUUACAACGAUAUGUUCACACCGCUACACUUAUUGAUGAUAAAAUAUAUUUUUUAGGUGGUCGAGACGAUAUGAAUACUGUAAAGAUUGGAAGAGAAUUUUUUUAUCUUGACGUCUCUGUUCCAUUUGAUACACAAACUAUCUUAUGGCAUGACUUAACAAGCUUUAAUACGGUUCCAGCACAUAUUUCUGCAGCUUCUGUUAAUGGUGGUGCAAAUAAUAAAACCUUGUUUUUAUAUGGUGGUGUAACCCAUUAUAAUGCAACAAUGGCUUUAGUCUAUUCAUUUGAUACACAAUAUAAUUCAUGGAGCAUCCCAAACUUAUCUAGUGAUAAUGUUAUUAGAAAAGAUAAUUUAAAAGGCAUCGUUGAUGAUAAUGGGAAAAUGUAUUUAUUCGGCGGACACUCCAAUGGCACUCGUUAUAAUGAUAUGCUUAUUUUAAAUACAAUAACUUUGAAAUGGGAAAUAGGAACGACAAAUAAUGCACCUUCUCCAAGAAGUCUUUAUGGUACAACUUAUGUCUCACAAAUGUAUAUUGUUUAUUUAGGCGGCUAUUAUGCCACAUCAGAUAAUGAUGGUGUAUCUUUAUCAUUGAAGGAGGUCUACUACUAUAACAUGGCUGAUAAUUAUUGGCUUACAAGGGUGACUUCUGGAUUGGAUGAGCAACGAAUAAUAAUUUUUGGAGGAACUAAUAAUCUUAAUAAUCUUACACCUCGAGAAGCACUUUAUGUAUUGAACUUAGUAAAUUUUGAAUGGUCCAUUCCAAAAGUUUCUGGAAAAAUUCCAGGUUCUAGAUAUUGGCAUCAAGCGAAUGUGGUUGAAAAAUAUAUGGUUAUAUCAUUUGGAUAUGGUUAUAAUAGAAAAGUUGAUAAUGAUAUCUUAUUGCUUGAUAUAAGUAAUGAUGAAGAAUAUAUGUGGACAAACAUUUUCGACCCAAAUGAGCUAAAGUCUCCUCCUCCAACGGAAUCUCCAAAAGUUUCACCAAAUACUCCUGCAACGCUAGUUAUGUUUGGUGUAUCUAUAGGAACAUGUGCGGUUAUUAUUUCUCUAUUAAUUGGAGGCUUUUACUUAUAUAAAUGGCGUAAAAAUAAAAUGGAAAAUAUAAGAGCAUUACCAACUCCUGGAAGCGCAGAUAAUAACAAUUAUGUUCACGAAGCUUUAGCAGUUUCUACCAGAAGUAAUGUCUAUAAUCAUGGACAAGAAACAAUACCAACACACGAAAACACUCAUUUUAUUGACAACAACCGUCAUCGAUAUUAG